AUGCUUCCGCACAAUAGCCCAAGACCGAGAGGGAUAGGAGGUUCGGGGCAGAGUGCCAUCGAAUUUAACGACGUGACGAUUUGCAAGGAGAAGGCUGAGAAAUGCUACAGGACAGUGUUUAUAAACUGUACCAUGGAAGCUCUUGUUUCCUCAGAUGGGUGGAUGCCUUGGACUGAGGAUUUUGUUUUGAACACGGUUUUCUAUGGGGAGUUUGGUUUCUGA